AUGGUGGUACUGAGCCGUGGUCGGGUGGGCCGCUACGCGGUACUAAAGUCCUUCGGCCUGAUGGUCGUGGCCAGGUUGGCGUGCACAAUGCUGAUCACCGACGUCAUUGUGCUGCUGACCCUCUUCGUGGUGGAGUUGGGAAUCCAGCCGGCGGUGGUGUUCAGGAUGGGCGUCCUCGAGAUUGCCGUCCUCGCCGCCUCCGUGCUCCUGUCGUUGGCGGUGGUCCUAGUGCUUGUCGGAGCCGCUUCGCAUGAAGGGGUCACCACGAAGGCCGACUUCACCUUGCAGGCGGGCGCAUCCGGCAACCAGGUGCUUGCGGAGUGGCGCGACCACCUGGACAAGUUCAGCGCCCGCGGCAACGAGGUGCAGUUCUGCCGCAUGCAGCACCUCGAGGUGGAGCUCGCCCGGCGGCUGCUGCUCGAACCCGACCUGCUCGGGGCCAUCCAGGCCUCGCGGUGCGAGAAGGUCGAGCGGCUGCAGGCUGCGCCGGACAGGCAAAAGUGGGUUGCCACCUGGGCUGGUUGCCCGUCACACGCCACGAGGGAGCCAGACGUCAUCGGGGACGAGUGGCAUGACAUGAGCGGCAGACUGGGUGGACUAGGCGGCGGUUCGGAUCAGACUUGUGCGGCCCAAGACCUUGGCGACAUCCAGUGGGCCGUGUGGACCAAUGGCGGCGACGGCUUCAAAUUCCAGCGCGACGAGGCUGGCGCGCGCUGGAUCAACAGGCCCAGAGAUGGGCAGCCUUACGGGCCCAUUUCUACGGGCGGAUUUGCGAUUGACCCGAUGGACCCCGCGCUCGCCAGGGCUGGAUGGGAGCCGGUGCAGGUCAAUGAAGACGGGCACUUAGCUGCUGGCUGCCACGGAGCAGCCCCGCGCGAAGUGGCCCCCGUUCAGACCUCUCGCAGUGGCGCAGACUGCGCCAUCAACAUAGCGACCGCGGGUGCCUAUGCGUUGACUUUCGGGCUCGCGUUUCGCAUCGAUUGCAGCUCCGCGCUCAGUUGUCUGAAUCUUCCAGGCCUCAGCGCGGCCACGGACGCCGCCGUCCUGCGCCCGAACACCUACGCCGCGGCGGGCCUCGGCGCGCACCCCGGCCUGCCCGCGGCGGACGCGCGCGCCGCGUCCCCCGUCCGCCGCUUCGUGUCCGCCGGGGCGUGGCCGGCCUGUGCCGGCCACGCCGCCGCGGACGCGCCCUGGCGCGCUCCCGGCGGAGAGGGCCACCCGGCGGCGCUGGGCGGCAGCUCCAGCGUGCAGGUGCCGCCGCUGCAGGGGCAGCAGCUACACACGGGCCCUCGCGUUCCAGGCUUCGCCCCGCGGCCCGGGUCGCCCGGAGGCGCGGAUCGCGCACUCGAUGUCGGUGCCGAUGAUGUUCAGAUAGGUUUCACGGCCUGGGCGCCUGGUCGGGCGAUGACGGGCGGGGGGGGGGCAGCCACCUCUCGAAGUUCGAGGUGCUCGGACGUGUUCGUCGAGCCCCGGGGGUCUUCAACCCUCGGGGUGCCCUCCGGCAGCGCCGCCUCGCCGAGGGAGGGUCCGAAUCCUUCCGAACGGCCGCCGGAGACUUGAGCUAUGGCACGAGGGCACACUGUGGAAGGCCGUUGACCGCUUUCGGCCUCUGGGGGCCUCUGCUGGGCCCUGGUGCGGGCAAUAGUUAUGUCCACAUCCAGUGCGUCUUGGAUUCUUGGGCUCUCUUCCCC